AUGUAUCUCAUGUUAACAAGACGCGGCUGCAAUCAAUUGGCGUCAUUAAGACGAAGUUUCACUAUCGAUUGCGCUGAAACUUUCACAGAACAAUCAAUAUUAGUGAUGCUUCAAAAUUUGCUUUUUUCAAUUUUCGUCACGCUUAGUGUCACGGUUAUGGGACAUCAAAAAAUUUUAUAUGAGCAAAAUUUUUCUGAGUAUGCCUUGAGUUAA